UCCUUACCCCUCUGCUAUAAGCACCACCGCAACCCUAGACAUGCCCUCUCAGCCUCAGCCUCCCGCCGCCGCCGCUCUCUUCUCCGGAGACCCUCCCCUCCAGAGACCAGCGAGCGCGGAGACGCCGGAGCGAACCCUAGCCUGCCACCAUGGUGCUCCAGAACGAUAUCGACCUGCUGAACCCGCCGGCGGAGCUGGAGAAGCUCAAGCACAAGAAGAAGCGCCUCGUCCAGUCCCCCAACUCCUUCUUCAUGGAUGUCAAGUGCCAGGGCUGCUUCAGCAUCACUACCGUGUUCAGCCACUCCCAGACGGUGGUGGUCUGCCCGGGCUGCCAGACGGUGCUCUGCCAGCCGACCGGCGGGAAGGCCAGGCUAACCGAGGGGUGCUCCUUCCGCCGCAAGGGCGACUAAACCAAUCAUUGAAAUGCCAAAAGCUCUUGUUGGAGCUGCUAGUUUCCAGGAUGUAGUCUGAAAGUUUUGCCAAUGGCUGCUAUGUGAACUCCAAUGCUCUUUGAAUCUUUUGCUAGAGUGAACACCGGUACCUUUAUAUUCGAUUGGGUAAGGAAGGUCAGACUAGCUGUGUGUCCUGGUGAUACUGGGCGUCAAUGAAUCGUUCGCUAUUCCUGGUGA